GUACGCACCGCGUGUUGUAUAGAAAACCUUAGAAUUUCCAACACAGCUAUACACGUGUCGCCAUCGUAAAAUCAUCCCUUUACGAAUUUGCCUAGAAAUUUCUCCGCAAAACAAUCCAGGGCUUUUGAUCUGUUCUGGUUGGCAAUUAGGAGCUGGAUUGGGGGUUUCGGGCGGCCGAUCCAUGAAGGGGGAAGUGCAGCUGGGGCCAACAGGUGAAAGGGAGCGAGACCGAGACCCUACUGACAUUGACCCGCUGCUACCGAACCAGGUCGAUUCGUCGCCGGCAAGCUCGAGUGAGAUCAACAAUGAAGACCUUGAGUCUGGCUCUAUUCCCAGCUGUCGAAUUUGUCUCGAGAGCGAUGCCGAACCAGGGGAUGAAUUGAUUUCACCUUGCAUGUGCAAAGGCACCCAGCAGUUUGUUCAUAGGUCCUGCCUCGAUCACUGGCGCUCUGUUAAAGAAGGAUUUGCUUUCUCACACUGCACAACCUGCAAAGCGGAAUUUCACCUUCGAGUUGAAACAUAUGAGGACAAUACCUGGCGUAAGAUAAAAUUCAGAGUUUUUGUGGCAAGGGAUGUUUUCAUCGUAUUUUUAGCAGUGCAAUCAAUAAUUGCUGCUAUUGGUGGCUUUGCAUAUGUUAUGGACAAAGAUGGUGCAUUCAGGAAUUCAUUUAGUGAUGGUUGGGACCGUGUCUUGUCAAAACAUCCUAUACCAUUUUAUUAUUGUAUUGGUGUCCUAGGCUUUUUUGUACUGCUUGGAUUUUUUGGGCUCAUACUACACUGUUCAUCGCUCAAUAGCAAUGACCCACGGAUGGCCGGCUGCCAGAACUGUUGCUAUGGUUGGGGAAUUUUGGAUUGUUUCCCAGCAUCGAUGGAGGCUUGCUUUGCCCUGGUCAUCGUUUUUGUUGUCAUCUUUGCCAUCCUUGGCAUAGCUUAUGGUUUCCUUGCCGCCACCAUGGCCAUUCAGCGGAUCUGGCAGCGACAUUACCAUAUCCUGACCAAGAGGGAGCUCACAAAGGAGUAUAUAGUGGAGGAUCUUCAUGGAUGCUACACCCCACCGAAACUAGAUCCCGAACAUGAAGCACGUCUGAAAAUGCUGAAGUUGUUGUAGAUAGAGAAAUAAAUUUCAGGAUAUGAAAUCCGCAAUGUGUAUUUGCACUUGUAACUUGUUGAAGGAUCCUGUGGCUGUAGAGGGAAAAGAAUAGUCUCAUUUUCCCCAGAAUUCACCAAUAUUGUAAACCCUAAUCUUGGAAAGAUGAUCCAACAAAUGUUGGGGGGGAUGACCACUUGUCCAGUACUUUUGUACUCUCAUGACUCUUGUGAUAUUUGCUUUGCUCCUCGAUUGUACCAGUUGAGCUAUUCUUCGA